AUGGAAAAGGGGCUGCAAAUAUCCCUUCCACGUGCCUUCCUGAUGGCUGCCAAAGUGAAGCGUGGUAUAAAAGGAGUCCGAGACUCGGCGGAUUUAGCAGAAACCCAACAAUCCGAUCAUGCUCGUAGGAGUUCGCGCACAAAACGACUCCGCACCGGAGAUGUUGACAGCUUAUUGCGGAGAUGUACCCCGGUAGUUACCUGCACGUACCACGCACCGGAAGUGAAAAUUUUGUUUCAGGUCAUUCACGGUGGCGUGGGCUGCGACACCAAAUCGCACGAGGGAGCACGUGCCACAAUACACCCGUACAUCGCAAUUCGACCCUUCCUCACACCCGUGCACCCCAUGAGACAAGAAAACCAACCUUAUACAUCCCACGUACUAGCAAAACACCCGUGCAUCCUCAACCAUCCGCACAAGCAAAAAAAACCUCUUCCAGCUCCAGCUAUCUGA